AGAGCGGCGUGUGCCGCGCGGGAGGAAGUUUGGCCUUCGCAGUGCUCCGUCGUCCCACGGGCUGCCCAGCAACCGGCGAGGAAACGGCUGGCGUCCGUGCAGCGGGCGCCACGGGACCCUCGGAGCCUGCGGGCGCGUGAUCGAGCCGAGGCCGGCGACCCUUCUCCGCGAACUUCGGGCGCCAAGCGCAGGAGUCAGAGAUGGCACUCCCCACGUUGCCCUCUUACUGGCCCAGCCGGAGAGCCAUGGAUCCCCGCCAGCGCCAGCAUCAGCAGGAGGAAGAGUUUCGGCAGCAGUGGGAAGAGAACAGCCGCUAUUUCAGGACUUGGGACAUCCACAACUCCAAACAGACUCAAUGGAGCUCCAAAAUCAACUACCAGCGCAGCAUGCACGCCUACCAUUGUGAGAAGAUGAAGGAGGAGAAGAGGAAGAAUCUGGAGGUCCGGCGGGAGAGACUCAGGGAGCUGAUGCUGGAGGAACAGGACUUGCUGGCCUCGGAGCUGGAUGCGCUGAGGCUGAGCAUGAGCCUUCGGGAGCAGAGACUCCGGGAGCAGCACAGGGACCUGAAGUCAGCCCGGGAAGAGCAAAGGAAACUGAUUGCUGAACAACUUUUGUAUGAGCACUGGCGGAAGAACAACCCCAAACUUCGAGAGCUUGAGUUGGACCUUCACAAGAAGCACGUGAUAAAUUCUUGGGCGACACAGAAAGAAGAAAAAAAACAGCAAGAAGCCACUGAGAAGCAGGAGAAGAAGCGGUUUGAGAACGAGUAUGCGGCAGCCCGCAGGGAAGCAGAGGCCAGGAUGCGAGCCGAGGAGGAGAGGAGGCAGCGGGAGGGGCUCCUGCAGGCCGAGGCACUGCGCCAGCAGAUGGAGGAGCUGAAGCAGAAGGAGAUGGAGGCAACCAAGCUAAAGAAGGAACAGGAGAACCUGCUGAGGCAGCGCUGGGAGCUGGAAAGGCUGGAGGAAGAAAGGCGGCAGAUGGCAGCCCUGCGGCGCAAGACAGAGCUAGGGCGCUUCUUAAGACAUCAGUACAAUGCGCAGCUCAACAGGCGCACCCAGGAGAUCCGGGAGGAGCUGGAGGCUGAUGGGCGGAUCCUGCAGGCUCUCCUGGAGAAGGAAGAUGAACUGCAGAGAGUCGAGCUGGCCAGGCAGGAGCAAGCCCGGGCCGAUGCAGCCUGGAUGAAGCAGGUGAUCGAGGAGCAGCUGCAGCUGGAGAAGGCCCGUGAGGCCGAGCUGCAGCAGCUGCUGAGGGAGGAGGCCAAGGAGAUGUGGGAGAAAAGAGAGGCGGAGUGGGCCCGAGAGCAGGUCGCGCGGGACAGACUGAUGAGUGAGGUUCUGACCGGGAGGCAGCAGCAGAUCCAAGAGAAGAUCGAACAGAACCGGCGAGCGCAGGAGGAGACCCUGAGGCACAGGGAAAAUCUCCUCAAGACUCUCGAGGAGGGGAAGCAGUUAGCUCAGCGAGCAAAGGAAGAGAGCGAAGAGUUGAAGUCAGCCAGGAAGCAGGAGCUGGAAGCCCAGGUCGCGGAGCGCCAGGUCCAGGAAUGGGAAGCAGUCCGGCAGGAGGAGGAGGAGGAGGAGGAGGCCAAGCAGGCAGAAAAACUCUCCAACGCUCUGCUGCAGCAGGAGGCGAGGACCAUGGCGGAGGAGGGCUACCGGCCCAAGUCUCACGGACACCUCAGAAUUGCCUGGGACUGAUGGCGAGCACAAAGAAGCCGACUCGACACCGCUCCAGGCAGCUGUGUGCUGUUGGCUUGGCCAAGGCUCAUGGUACUUCUGACUUAGUUGAGCCGUGCCUGCUGGGCACACCAUGGUCCGUAGAUGUCAGGAUGCUGGGGGUGUGCAGCACCCCUGAGAGCCCUUCCCUGCCGUCCUCACCCUGAUGGGCCUUACAGACUCAUGGCAACGGUGCAACCAGAUCAUGCAAUGCUUUAUAAGUAGAUUUUCAAGUUACUCUAAGAAGACGUCACAUUCCAUGACAGGAUCCGUGAUGUUUCUCUCGUCUCAUCUGUAGCUGUCAGCUCAAGGGAGCACCAGCCAGAGGAGGAGGGAGCUGUUUGGGUUUUAGAAUUGCCAUUUAGAAGUUAUUCUAUUGGGGGCUCAUAGGUCUUGGUGUAGUUAUUUCCAUUUAUGAGCUGUGUGGCCCCAAAGACCACAUGGUGUGUAUUGUGGCAGAGCUGGCAGUCUGGAAAGACAGUGACAAAGGAGCCCUUGUUUGGAAGCAUUGGGGGGCUGCCCAUAGGGGCUGGGGGUGCUCAUUGUGGGGUCCUCUUACCUGGUGGUCCUCAGCCCAGUGCUAUACCACCAAGGAGAAAAAAAAUCCUACCCCUGAACAUGUGCUACCCCUGAAGAGUCCUCAAGGCCACUUGGUUGGCCAGCCUGAUAAAGGCCGGGCCUUGCUAGGGACCUCCUGAGUCUGGGGAAGGCCUGUGAGCAGCACCAUGGGAAUUACGUGCCUAGGGUUACACGUGGCCCUGGAGAGACAGCAUGAGACUCAGAAUCACAGAUGAGCGUGUCCCCACCGCCAGAUCCCAGUCCCCCUCUGCAAGUGGCUCUGGGUCCCGGGAUCAACAGUUGGGUUGGUAUGACUUGUACCUUUCCGGAGCCCUCCUCUCAUUUGCUUUCAUCCCUGUAUUCAAGAUGCCGCAACUCUAGCUGAUUAUAGGGUGUUCUGUCUAGUUAUGGGGACCCAGAGUCAGUCAGAAGAGUCAGGCUUGCGGCUGCCUGUCUUCCUCCUCCACGGGACCGGUUUUGUUGUUUCCUCUUCUGCCGAGGUUCUCCAUGCAGCCCCAGCACUGCUUACUCUACACGUGUGCGUCCUCACCCUUUUCAGAUGCUCACUAACUGUGAAGUAAAGCUGUGUUUCAGAGUCA